AAAGCUGUUUCCCUUUCUCCGCUUCAGACCAACCAAGUUACCAAAUCCAAGAAAACCUGAUUUUACGGCCAAUUUCUUCUAUUUGAAUGCUCUGGAGAAAACCCUAACCAAAACCUUUGCCACCCAGACCCUAAAACCUCAUUAGCAAAUAAAUGGCAAGCUUCGAUCAAGCUCCACCUGGUGAUCCCAAGGUCGGAGAGAAGAUUUUCAAGAUCAAGUGCGCUCAGUGCCACACCGUCGAUAAAGGCGCCGGUCAUAGACAAGGACCCAAUUUGAAUGGUCUUUUUGGAAGGCAGUCUGGCACAACUCCCGGGUACUCCUAUUCCACUUCAAACAAGAACAUGGCUGUGAUUUGGGAGGAGAAGACAUUGUAUGAAUAUUUGCUUAACCCAAAAAAGUACAUUCCCGGAACAAAGAUGGUAUUUCCUGGAUUAAAGAAGCCACAGGAGCGUGUAGACCUCAUUACUUAUCUGAAGGAAGCAACUUCCUGAUGUUCUUUUUGCCCUAGGUUACCAUGUAUAUUCUAAUGUAUUAAUAUUUGAGGAAGAAAUUUUGUGCAGGGUAAAUUUAUCUGAUGUGGCAUUUCAGGAGCUA